GAUUGACUGCCGGGCUCACGGGGCGGGCCGCCGCGGGGGUGGUGCCUCCCGUAAAGGGCCCGUGCAGGAGCUGGGGCCAUGGCGGGCUGCGUGAGGCUGGGCGCCGCCAGGCUGCCUGCCGUGGGGCUGGGAACGUGGAAGUCCCCGCCAGGGAAGGUGGCAGCUGCGGUGAUGGCCGCUAUCGACGCUGGGUACCGCCACUUCGACUGCGCCUACGUGUACCAGAACGAGAACGAGGUUGGGGACGGGAUUCAGCAGAAAAUCAAGGAAGGGGCUGUGAAACGAGAGGAGCUCUUUGUGGUCAGCAAGCUGUGGUGCACGUUUUUUGAAAAACCUCUGGUGAAAGGAGCUUGCCAGAAGACUCUUGCUGACCUGAAACUGGAUUACCUGGAUCUCUACCUCAUGCACUGGCCUUUUGGGUUGAAGGCAGGAGAGGAGCUGUUUCCUACAGAUGACAAAGGCAUGUCUAUACCCAGCAAUGCUGAUAUUCUGCAUACGUGGGAGGCCAUGGAAGAGCUGGUGGAUGCUGGUCUGGUAAAAGCCAUUGGCAUCUCCAACUUUAACCGUGAGCAAACUGAAAGAAUCUUGAACAAGCCAGGACUGAAAUACAAGCCUGCAAACAACCAGAUUGAGAGUCACCCAUACCUUUCCCAGGAGAAGCUUAUCAACUAUUGCCAAUCCAGGGGGAUCACUGUGACAGCAUACUGUCCCCUUGGGCGCCCUGACAGGGCCACACCAGAGGAGCCUCCUGUUCUGGAUGACCCCAAGAUUAAAGAGAUUGCAGCCAAGCACAACAAAACUCCCGCACAGGUUCUCCUUCGCUUCCAGAUCCAGAGAAAUGUGGUUGUGAUUCCCAAGUCCGUCACCCCCCAGCGCAUUGUGGAGAACUCCAAGGUGUUUGACUUUGAAUUGACUAAAGAGGAGAUGGCAACCAUUCUCAACUUAAACAGAAACUGGAGAAUAUGUGAAAUGGUCAUGUGCAAAAAUCACAAGGAGUACCCUUUCCAUGCUGAAUACUGAAGAUAGUUUUAUCCUGUCCUCCUGCCUGCAGGAGAGGGCCUAACAAGCUUCUACCACUGCCUGGGGUGGUCCACCAUGUAGCUUACACACUGUAUCUGUCCUGUCAGCAAAGACAGUAUAUAUAUUCAGUGACUGUUUGGGAUUUUCUUCUUUGGUAGAAGAAAAUAGUAAAAUUGUUCUAAAGAACAAAAUAUGGGCUAUAAUAACUGGCUGUGAUAAUUCUCUACUCAUUAGAUAAGUGUGCUUACCUGGCUGAAAUAGCAAAGCAGAAAACAUUAAGAAUGAACUAGCAGUUGAUUUUAUUUUAUUUUUUUUAAUCCUGUCUAGUAUCAACACUACUUAACCCUGUAGGGUAGGGAUAUGUGAGCACAGAAGAAAGAUAUAUCCUGAAAGAAUGAACUAUAUAAUCAUAGCCUGAAGAUGAAAGACAAUGAUUAACUUCACUUGCAGAGCACAGCCCAAAGCUCUUUGAAAAGAAGAAUAAAUAGGAAAAAUGUCUGGACCUACAGAUGCAUACCAGUUUAUACUGGCUGUAUUGCAGUCACAUCCUUUACAGGCCAAAACUGAACACUGAUUGGAUUUGUAUACUAUCACAUUUGGAUUUGUAUACUAUCCAAAAUUAAAAUAAAAAAAGAUUACAGA